CAGGCUUCGAUAGGUCGCCACGCAGCGCGGUUGCUGGGUAGAAACGCUCGGUGGAAAUGUGGGCAGCGACAGUUGGGCGGUCAGCUUUGUCUCGCCUCUUGCGGUUGGCUCCUCACACAUGAUAAAUACAAACGCCCCUGCUCCAGCCCCAUAGUGCAAAACAGCGUGCUUCUACAGCGUGACCGUCUUUGUCUUCCCACAGAGUCAGAGACAUCCCACUUCAACUCUUCAACACCAACUCGCUCGACCCCAACACCCGCGAUACCCGUCACCACCACUCCACACACCACACAUACACACAGCAGCCAUGGCUCUCAAGCGCAUUAACAAGGAGUUGACUGAUCUCGGCCGUGACCCUCCCUCUUCCUGUUCAGCUGGCCCCAUUGGAGAUGAUCUGUUUCACUGGCAAGCAACCAUCAUGGGUCCCGGCGACUCACCAUAUUCCGGCGGUGUCUUCUUCCUAGCAAUCCACUUCCCAACCGACUACCCCUUCAAGCCCCCGAAGGUCAACUUCACCACCCGCAUCUACCACCCCAACAUCAACUCCAACGGCAGCAUCUGCUUGGACAUUCUGCGAGACCAAUGGAGCCCUGCUCUGACCAUCUCAAAGGUGCUGCUGAGUAUCUGCUCGAUGCUGACAGACCCGAACCCUGACGACCCGCUCGUCCCCGAGAUCGCACACGUCUACAAGACCGACCGGUCCCGCUACGAAUCGACGGCGCGCGAGUGGACCCGAAAGUACGCCAUCUAGGUCCUCGAAGCGCACAAAGGGCGUCAAGACUGGUGCGGCGGAGAGCGUGUCUUUUGUCGUUAGCAUCUGCGAAAGGGAGGCUAGGAUGAUGGUUAGGGGCAGACUUUCAUGGGCAUGGUAGUGACUGAUGGGGUUUUUACACUUGUACUACGGCGUGCAUGCUGGACUGGGGUUCA